AUCUCGCCGGCUUUGAUAGCUGGUUUUUCUUUUUCUUUUAAAUUUACGUUCUCUUCUUGACAACAUUACUAUCCACCUCUUUUAUAUUCUCUCUCGCUAGUCAUGCCUCGAGCUCCCAUCACUGAUUCGUUCCCUAAUUUCACUGGUCGCCUUCUUGACAGUAGUCGCCUCAAGCUCUUGGAGCCUCUGGGAUCUGGUGCUUAUGGACAAGUUUAUCGAGCAAUCGACCUCCAUUCUCCUGCAGACAAUCCUCGUUACUUCGCCGUCAAAUGCCUUCUAAAGCCUGAGGCGGGAUCGCGACAAGAAGAGUUUCAGACGCGCGAGCUCACGCUCCAUAAGCUAGUGUCUGACCACCCACACAUCGUUACCUUCCACGAAGUAUUUGAAGAUCAUUCUUAUAUCUAUGUUCUGCUAGACCUGUGCACUGGAGGAGACUUGUUUGCCGCCAUUAUCGAACGAAGAGUUUUUCACAAGAACGAUACGCUCAUAAGAAAUGCAUUCCUUCAACUGCUUGACGCUGUUCAAUACUGUCAUGACCGCGGCGUGUUUCACCGUGACCUGAAACCAGAAAACAUUCUGUGCACGAAGGAUGGCAAAGAAAUACGCCUCGCGGAUUUUGGCUUAUCGACGCAGACACGUGUGUCACAGGAAUUUGGCUGCGGCAGUUCGUUCUACAUGAGUCCUGAAUGUAUUGGGAAAGAGUUCAGACAUGGAAAGUACUCUACCAAGCAUAGUGAUAUAUGGUCACUAGGUGUGAUCCUCCUUAACAUGAUUUCCGGUCGGAAUCCUUGGAGAUAUGCUAUGACCUCCGAUGAAUGUUUUGCUUCCUUCCUCCAUGAUCGUGAUUUCCUUCGGAAGGUCCUCCCAGUGUCAGAAGGCGCUAACCGCAUUCUCAAACGGCUCUUUCACCUCAACCCUCUCUGUCGCAUCUCCGUUGCCGAACUCCGGGAAGAAAUUUUCAAACUUGAUACCUUCUUCAUGUCCGAUGAUGAUCUCGCCGCUUCGCCUGAUACUGUACGGCGGAUAGCUGAGGACUGUCCAGCUCGUGUACCCACAGCACAAGCUGCUCCCUCUAAAGAAAACGUCAAGAAUAAGUAUUCGAAGGUCUCGACGCAUGUAGAUCCCGAGGAGGUUUAUCUCUUUGCAAGUCCUGCGGAAGGCCUACAACCUCUUCGGAGCCAUCCUCAUAAUGCCUUGCUCGACGCUUUCACCAUUGGCUCCCAUUCUGGUUCCAAUCGUUCCUCUAGCUCUGACGACCAAAGCUUAGGGCCUAUCACUCCACAAACACACCCUGUGGAUCCCGUAAUUGAGGUUCCGGACAUGCCACUGGAAGGCUAUGUUAACAUCAACACGUCCCAUGUUGCCGCUCCUGCUAAGGUCGCAGUUGAGCCCGGUCGACGCCAUCGUGCGCCCUCUGGCAGUGCUCUGAAACCUCCGCCGAGGCGGAUUGGAAAUCAGCUGCUGAAGAAAACAGUGGAACGACUGAAGGCACUUUCGGAAAGUGUCUCUGCUUGAUCAUCACCUCUACCAUUUUGUUGCC